UGUUGACUUUCAGCAUUGACUGAUGACAAGUCUCUCUCAGUCCUAGCUUGAAAGAAUGGUCGCUUUGUGCCCAUAAUUCCACAUCGUGUGGCUUUUUUGACUGUAAUCCUGAAUUGUAGUGUCUGUAGUGUGUAUAUGAGCAAAUUAUCCUCUCUCUGUCUCUCUCUCUCUCUCUACUGCUCUUCUUUUGUUCUUGAGGCAGCUUCUGCUUUUCUGGAUGCAUAUGAUGACUGCGAAUUACCAGUGCACUAUAAGCUCCACCUCAACCUAGUUCUCGGGUUUUCAAGUUAACCCCCUAGAAAGAGGAAGCAAACAGAAGAAGUUUUUGAAGAACCAUGGCAGAAGAUGAUAUGUACACGAAAGAUGGGACGGUAGAUUACCGUGGGAAUCAGGCUGAUAAAAGUAAAACUGGAACCUGGAAGGCCUGCCCCUAUAUUCUAGGAAAUGAAUGUUGUGAAAGAUUGGCAUACUAUGGGAUGAGCUCCAAUCUGGUACUUUACUUUAAGAAGCGACUACAUCAGCACAGUGCUACUGCUAGUAAAAAUGUCUUAAACUGGAGCGGAACAUGCUACAUCACCCCAUUGAUUGGGGCAUUUUUCGCUGAUGCCUAUCUUGGAAGAUAUUGGACCAUAGCCUGUUUCUCCAUCAUCUAUGUUAUUGGGAUGACACUUUUGACACUGUCAGCAUCAGUCUCUGGCCUAAAGCCAACAUGUUAUGGAGAAGAUAAUUGUCAUGCAACAGAUACACAAGCUGCAGUGUGUUUUCUAGCACUUUACCUAAUUGCAUUGGGCACUGGUGGGAUUAAGCCUUGUGUCUCAUCAUAUGGAGCAGAUCAAUUUGAUGAUACUAAUGAGGUUGAGAAGAAACGCAAAGCUUCUUUCUUCAAUUGGUUCUAUUUUUCAAUCAAUAUUGGUGCUUUUAUUGCUGGUUCUUUGCUGGUUUGGAUACAAGAUAAUGUGGGCUGGGGAUGGGGCUUUGGCAUCCCAGCAGUGGCCAUGGCAAUUGCUGUAUUAAGUUUCUUUUCAGGUACUCGGUUGUAUCGAAACCAGAAACCUGGAGGCAGCCCUCUGACACGUAUCUGUCAGGUGAUCGUGGCAUCCUUGAGAAAAUACAAGGCUAAAGUACCUGCUGAUGAGUCCAUUUUGUAUGAGACUGCGGAUGCAGAAUCUGCCAUCAAAGGAAGCCGCAAGCUUAAUCACACAAAAGACUUCAGCUUCUUUGACAAAGCGGCAGUGGUGGUGCAAACAGAUCAAGUUAAGGGCUCGGUAGACCCAUGGAGACUUUGCACUGUUAGCCAAGUUGAGGAGCUGAAAGCUAUUAUACGACUGCUUCCAAUAUGGGCCACAGGAAUCAUCUUUUGCACUGCCUCCAGUCAGAUGGGCACCUUGUUUGUGUUGCAAGGCGCCAUCAUGGAUACUCGCGUUGGUUCCUCUUCCUUCGAGAUCCCACCUGCAUCUCUGUCGAUCUUUGACACCCUUAGUGUCCUUUUUUGGGUCCCAGUCUAUGAUUGUAUCAUUGUCCCAUUAGCUAGAAAAUUCACAGGUCAUAAAAAUGGCCUAACUCAACUCCAGAGGAUGGGCAUUGGCCUCUUCAUAUCCAUCUUUGCCAUGCUUUCUGCAGGAAUUUUGGAACUCGUAAGACUUAGAAGUGUUAGAAGGCACAACUACUAUGAACUUGAGCACAUGCCCAUGUCCAUAUUUUGGCAAGUUCCUCAGUAUUUCAUCAUAGGGUGUGCAGAAGUUUUCGCAAUCAUUGGGCAGUUAGAGUUUUUUUACGAGCAAGCACCUGAUGCCAUGAGGAGUCUCUGCUCUGCUCUCCAACUAACCACCGUGGCACUGGGGAGCUACUUGUGCUCUCUACUUGUAACCAUUGUUACCACAGUGAGUACUAGGCACGGGAAGCUUGGAUGGAUACCAGACAAUCUGAAUUAUGGUCAUAUUGAUUACUUCUUUUGGCUCCUGGCCGUUCUGAGUGUGCUGAACUUGGGAGCUUUUCUCUUCAUUGCAAAAUGGUACACAUAUAAAAGGCCUGUGGGGACUCUCAAAGCCAUGGCGGAAGAUGAUGUGUACACGAAAGAUGGGACGGUAGAUUACCAUGGGAAUCAGGCUGAUAAAAGAAAAACUGGAACCUGGAAGGCCUGCCCCUAUAUUCUAGGAAAUGAAUGUUGUGAAAGAUUGGCAUACUAUGGGAUGAGCUCCAAUCUGGUACUUUACUUUAAGAAGCGACUACAUCAGCACAGUGCUACUGCUAGUAAAAAUGCCUCAAAUUGGAGUGGGACAUGCUACAUCACCCCAUUGAUUGGGGCAUUUAUUGCUGAUGCCUAUCUUGGAAGAUAUUGGACCAUUGCCUGUUUCUCCAUCAUCUAUGUUAUUGGGAUGACACUUUUGACACUGUCAGCAUCAGUCUCUGGCCUAAAGCCAACAUGUUAUGGAGAAGAUAAUUGUCAUGCAACAGAUAAACAAGCUGCAGUGUGCUUUCUAGCACUAUACCUGAUUGCAUUGGGCACUGGUGGGAUUAAGCCUUGUGUCUCAUCAUAUGGAGCAGAUCAAUUUGACGAUACUGAUGAGUUUGAGAAGAAACGCAAAGCUUCUUUCUUCAAUUGGUUCUAUUUUUCGAUCAAUAUCGGUGCUCUUAUUGCUAGUUCUUUGCUGGUUUGGAUACAAGACAAUGUGGGUUGGGGAUGGGGCUUUGGCAUCCCAGCAGUGGCCAUGGCAAUUGCUGUAUUGAGUUUCUUUUCAGGUACUCGGUUGUAUCGGAACCAGAAACCUGGAGGCAGCCCUCUAACACGUAUAUGUCAGGUGAUCGUGGCAUCCUUAAGAAAAUACAAGGCUGAAGUACCUGCUGACAAGUCCAUUUUGUACGGGACUGCAGAUGCAGAAUCUGCUAUCAGGGGAAGCCGCAAGCUUGAUCACACAACAGACUUCAGUUUCUUUGACAAAGCGGCAGUGGUGGUGCAAACAGAUCAAGUUAAGGGCUCAGAUCAAGUUAAGGGCUCUGUAGACCCAUGGAGACUUUGCACUGUUACCCAAGUUGAGGAGCUGAAAGCUAUUGUACGAUUGCUUCCUAUAUGGGCCACAGGUAUCAUCUUUGCCACUGUCUACAAUCAGAUGGGCACCUUAUUUGUGUUGCAAGGCUCCAUCAUGGAUAUUCACAUUGGUCCCUCUUCCUUCGAGAUUCCGCCCGCGUCUCUGUCGAUCUUUGACACCGUUAGUGUCCUUUUUUGGGUCCCAGUCUAUGAUCAAAUCAUUGUCCCAUUAGCUAGAAAAUUCACAGGCCAUAAAAAUGGCCUAACUCAACUCCAGAGGAUGGGCACUGGCCUCUUCAUAUCCAUCUUUGCCAUGCUAUCUGCAGGAAUUUUGGAACUUGUAAGACUUAGAAGUGUUAGAAAGCACAACUACUAUGAACUUGAGCACAUGCCCAUGUCCAUAUUUUGGCAAGUUCCCCAGUAUUUCCUCAUUGGGUGCGCAGAAGUUUUCACAUUCAUUGGGCAAUUAGAGUUUUUUUACGAGCAAGCACCUGAUGCCAUGAGGAGUCUCUGCUCUGCUCUCCAACUAACCACCGUGGCACUGGGGAGCUACUUGUGCUCUCUACUUGUAACCAUUGUUACCAAAGUGAGUACUAGGCACGGGAAGAUUGGAUGGAUACCAGACAAUUUGAAUUAUGGUCAUCUUGAUUACUUCUUUUGGCUCUUGGCUGUGCUGAGUGUGCUGAAUUUGGGAGCUUUUAUCUUCAUUGCAAAAUGGUACACAUAUAAAAGGCCAGUGGGGACUCUCAAAUGAGGUGGUUGAAGCACUUGUAUGUACAGCCUGCUUAAUAAACAGUUGGAAGUCUACUUCAAAGGUAAUUGUCUCUUUAUGUUUUUUUCCUUGAUGUAAAAUAGAAGGUGAGAAAAUAUAGUCAACUACAAUACAAAUAAAACCGAUGUAAUCUCUCUUCAUAUAUCAAGAACUAUUUCUGGAUGCUUA